AUGGCUUAUUAUAAUGAAAAUUUUGAUAUACGGAAUUCAACAUUCCAAAAUAUUCCACCGCCACCCCCGCCACCAAGCUUUUACAUGCCCCCUGCAGUCACUGAUGAACAGUUUGUAAAACAAUUUGAGAAAUUGGAUACUAAAGUUUCAAAAAAGGCAGUUUCUAUCACUGAAAUAAGGGAAAAAAUUCGAGCUCUGGUGCUUACUGUGAAUGAAUUAAAAGAAAAGCAAAAAAUACUAGCUGAAAACUUAGACACAUUGUCAGAAGAAGAAUGGAGUUCUAAAGUAAGAGAGAUGAAAGAAAACCAAUUAAAAAUUGAUGAGGUUAUAUCUCUUAUGAAUGAUUUCUGUUUGGAAAAUAUGAGAACGGCCUUGGCCAAGAGAUCCGCUAAACGGUUGAGAUUGAAACGGUUGAAUAAUGAGAGGAAGAAGGAAAAAGAAGAAAGGAAUCAAGAAAGGGAAGAAACGUCUCGGAAAAUAGAUGAGAAUCUGCAGAAAAUUAAGGAUGAGAUCAAAAAAGUUAAACUGGAUGAAGAAGCUAAACUAGCAGCGGACUGCAUUCUCCGAGACACUCUCCGCAAGAAGCAUGAUGCCAGGAAGUCUAUUGUCAAGCUGGAGGCCCUGUUGAGGCUGCGGAAAGCACGCCAAAACACUGCCAAGGGUCGCGGAGAGCAGUGUUCGGAGACUGAUGAGGCGGAGUUUAACAAUAAUAUUGAAAAACUAAUAUCCCUCUGGAAAGGCAAGCUGUCUAACUACGAACUGGAAGAGCAACUGCUGCGUGACCAACUGAAAGAGUCUCUACCAGUCGUCGGUAAAAUGGAGGGUAUUGUGGAGACGCUGAAGAAGUGGAAAGAUAUCAUGUUUGAAGGAGAACCACAGUUUGACUUUAAAGGAGAUGACAUCGGAUUUCUGGCAAUCAGGGCUCAAUGGGACCAGUAUAUGAGCAACGACGGUUCAUCUCUCCCUAUUGGUUGGGUCCUUCCUGAACCUACAGACAAAACCUAAUACUGUUCUACAAACCUUAGAGUACUAUUAAUCUGUUUAGUAGUACUGUAAUCACAAGCGUGAACCAAUCAUUCAUAUCUUAUGGAGUAUCCCAUGAUUUUUUACAAUUAAGUACCCGUGGGUCCCACGGACGCGACAACGGUUCAAUGAAAAUCAGUAUUCUAUUCUCAAUUUAAAACUUCAAGCGCGUUUUUGGCGGGCAAAAUUCCCUCGGACUCAAGGGGUU